GUCAACCGCCAGCUUUUCAGCCUUGUCGAGAAGUCCACUACAAACCCACGCGACUAUAAGACGCGACGAAGAACUGCCAUUGAGCUGACGAAAUCCUCCACGACACACUACGGAUCGCGAAUCAACCACGCGACAGGUCUACUUACGAACAAGCCCCAUCCCCCCCGAGGUAACCCCCAGCACACUACCACCGCCUAAAGCAUCAGCAGCCGACUACCAAGAUGAGGCUCACGGCGGAGCUCAUCAAGGGCUCGCUGUCCUACCUGAAUCCGCUCAAGGAGCGGGAGCUUGACCUCCGAGGACAUCGAAUCCCGGCGAUCGAGAACCUGGGUGUUGCAGGCCCCCAUGACUCCAUCGAUUUCACCGACAAUGACAUCCAGGUGCUGGGCAACUUCCCGCUGUCGCCACGCCUGCAGACGCUUCUGCUGGCGCACAACCGCGUAUCGAGCAUACAGCCUGCGCUGCCGAACGCGAUUCCGAACCUGACGCAGCUCGUACUUGCGUCGAACCAGUUGGCCGAGCUCGCAGAUUUGGAUGUGCUGGCGGGCUUCAAGCGGUUGACGCACCUGGUGUUGGCGGAUAACCCCGUAACCAAGAAGGAGAACUACCGGUAUUGGGUCGUCUGGCGCUGUCCCUCGGUGCGGUUCCUGGAUUACCAAAAGGUCAAGGAAGCGGAGCGGGAGAAGGCGAGGGAGCUGUUCGGCACGGCGGAGGAGCCCACGGCCGAAGCGUCCAAGAUCAUGGGCAUCAAGUCUAAGAAGCUCGACCUCGCCGCCUCAAACGGCGCAGCCGGCGGUGGUGGGGCCACCUCCAAGCUCUCGCGUAUCAAACUUACGGACAAGGAGAAGGAGCGACUGAAGGAGAUGAUCAAGAAGGCCGACAGCCUACAGGAAAUUAUCCGGCUGGAGAAGAUGCUGACGGAGGGCACGAUCCCGGCGGGUGUGCAUCUGGACGGGGACGCCACCAUGGAGGACUGAGCGAGAAGCAUAUAAUGUCAGACGUCAUAUUUGACGCCGGCAGGAGGGGGCGAGGGUGGCAUGUGUUCGUAUCAUGGACUGGCGUUUUUCUGUUCAAUCACGACAAAAAAGUGUUCCGUUAUUUUAAAGA